UAGCUUUUCUUUCACUCCUCAGCUUUUCACGCAAACACACGUGUGCAAAACACUAGAACCUCGGCGAAAUCGAAAAACCUGAACAUCGCCGGAUAUCUCCGGCGAUGUCGUCUCCCUCUCCGGAGACUUCUCCGGCGACCAACCCCAGCACUCCUUCAAGUUCUCCGCCUCCGCCGCUGACGACAGAGUUUUCGCAGCCGUCUCCGCCUCGUCCGCCUCCAUCACUACCGCUGCCGCUGCCGCCUCCGCCUAACGGGGGUUUGGCAAAGGGGGCGCUGGUAGGGCUGAUAGUGGGGAUAGGGAUAGGAGGGUUAAUUGUGCUUGUGGGCGUUUGCAUUUUCGUCAUUUUCUAUAGGAGGAGGAAUCGGAGGAACCGAUUUGAUAAUGUUCACUCCGAUGGUCAUCCACAAGAAUCUAAAAAUGACCCUAUUGGUGACCCACCUCAGCAUUGGCAACAAAAUGCUCCACCACCAAAAGAUGGUAAAGUAACAUUGUUUCCCAAGCCAACUCGUCCCCCUGGAGUUGCAUCAAGUCCCCAACUGUUACAAGUCUCCACUCCUACUGCACAUUCUUCGGCAAGUAGCAGUUUGGGCUAUGAGAGACCAAUCCCACCACCUUCUCCUGGCUAUGCCUUAGGUCUUUCACAAAGUACAUUUUCAUAUAAGGAAUUAGCCAUUGCAACAAAUGGUUUCUCCAGUGCCAACCUCCUUGGUGAAGGUGGUUUCGGUUACGUUCAUAAAGGAGUCCUUCCUAAUGGGAAAGUGGUUGCAAUUAAGCAGCUGAAAUCUGGCAGUGCACAGGGGGAGCGUGAAUUUGUGGCAGAGGUUGAGGUCAUUAGUCGUGUCCAUCACAAGCACCUUGUUUCACUUGUUGGAUACUGCAUUUCUGGGGCACAGAGAAUGCUUGUUUAUGAGUUUGUCCCGAACUACACCUUGGAUUUUCAUCUACAUGGAAAGGAGAGGCCAACUGUGAACUGGCCAACCAGAAUGAAAAUAGCUCUGGGCUCUGCAAAAGGAUUGGCAUAUCUGCAUGAGGACUGUCAGCCCAAGAUUAUUCACCGUGACAUCAAGGCAGCUAAUAUUCUUCUUGAAUAUAACUUUGAUGCGAAGGUUGCAGAUUUCGGGCUUGCCAAGUUUUCAUUAGAUACUGAUACUCAUGUCUCCACUCGGGUAAUGGGAACUUUUGGUUACUUGGCUCCCGAGUAUGCUGCAAGUGGAAAGCUCACUUAUAAGUCAGAUGUCUUCUCCUUUGGGGUUGUACUUUUGGAGUUGAUUACCGGACGCCAACCUCUGGAUAAAACUCAAUCCUUCACUGAUGAUAGCAUGGUUGAGUGGGCAAGGCCUUUGCUCGCGCAAGCUUUAGAAAAUGGAAAUUUUGAAGCUCUUGUUGAACCGAGGUUGCAGAAUGAUUACAACUCUGGCGAAAUGGCACGAAUGGUUGCUUGUGCUGCUGCUUGCAUUCGUCAUUCAGCUCGGUAUCGGCCAAGAAUGAGCCAGAUAGUUCGAGCUUUGGAAGGAAACCUUCCUCUAGAUGAUCUAAAUGAGGGAAUGAAACCCGGGCACAGCAGAGCAAUCGGUUCGUUUGAGAGCACGGAUUAUGAGAGUAGCCAGUAUAAGGAGGACUUGAAGAAAUUUAGAAAGAUGGCACUAGAAAGCCAAGAGCUAGGUACUAGUGAGUGCAGUGGACCUAGCAGCGACUCUGCUCUGCUCCAAUCUGUCUCAAGUAGCGAAGGCCAACGAACUACCCAAGAGAUAGAAUUGGGGAAACUCAAAAAUGAUGCCCAAGAUUUUGGUUAAAUCUCUUGCUUGAUUUUUCGGGUUUUCUUGUAAAUUUGCCCGCUUUUCCCCCAUCAUUAAAAUUGCCUAUUUUGCAGAUUAUUAUGCCACCAUGAGGAACAAGAACAGAACCCAACUAUUUAACGGUAGUUUUGGUUGAUUUUUGCCUAUUUUCUGAUAUAUUUUCUGAUAUAGUUAGUUAAUCUAUAAAUAGAAUCCUUUUAAUGGUUGGACA